AUGAACACUUCGUCAUCACGGAUCCUCCAGAGCCAACAAAAUGCCUCCAACUCCCGCAUAUCCGCCCUCUCCUCCACGGGGCCCCACGACCCCUCCACCCUCGCCCUCCUAGUCGACCCCUCCACCUCCCCGUCCGCACCACACCACCCGGCACCGCACUCCGGCGCUGCUACCAACAUCGCCACAGCCACUGCUGCCGCCUCUGCCCGUCCAACGCCCUCGUUCUCCGGAUCGGGCUUCUUUGCAGCCGCUCAGGACCCUGCGUUGCAUCUGACGCAGCAGCUCCCCCUCGAAACCCCCUUCUUCACCCCACAGGCCACCUGGACCGAGACAUCCCGCUCCGACUACUUCUCCACCGCCGCCUCCACCCCUGGCCCAACCACCUCAGCCUUCCAGCCCUCCCAGGCCAACCUCUUCAUCUCGGGCUUCUCUGUCCCGGCACAGACUCCCGCCGCCAUCGAGAUCCCAAGCUUCUCGGCCUCCUCUCCCUCCUACUUCCCCUCCACAGCCGAUCCCUCGACCGUCUCUGAACAGGACCCUCAUGGCUUCCAUCUGCCACCGUCCUCGAUGGCCUCACACUCACAUGCCCGUACCCUGAGCGCCUCAUCCGCCCCGGGCUGGGAACCAUACCCGUCUUCGACUGCAGGCGGAACACAUCCGGGCAUAGAUCGCAAUGGAUCUUAUUCCGCUGGCAUGCCCGUACACAGAUCCAAUCUGUCGAUCUCCAUGCCCCUCUCCUCCUUGAUGUCCCCACCGAGCUCAGGGCCGGCUUCGGCUUCGGGUGCGCGUCUCUCAAUGUCGCACCUGUCCCCAACGGCGGUGGCAGCGCCUGCAGAGUUGAACAUUCAGGAGAUGAAGGCCGAGACGGUGUCGUGCCUGCUGGAACAGGUCUUGAAUGCGGACAAUAUCGACGAGGCCGUGAUAGGGAACAAGAACGCGAUCAUGCUCCUGGACAUGCGGCCGUCCGUGGCGUUCGCAGCCUCGUCGAUCAAGACGGCGGUGAAUGUGUGUAUCCCCAACAUGUUGUUGAAGCGGCCGAUGUAUUCUUUACGGAUGUUGACAGAGCAAUUGACGACGGAAGAGGACGUUGAGAUCUUUUCGAGGUGGAAACAGUGUGAGAACAUUGUCUUUUUUGACGCAACCGGUGCGGCGCCUGUGGUUGGAUCGCCGACGUUCUUUAUGACCCAAAAGUUCCGCAAGGAAGGUUGCACCGCAACCCUGGGAUAUCUCAAUGGAGGAUUUAACGAGUUCUUGGCGCGGCAUAACGAUCUCUGCAGGACAGAAGGAAGGCCGAACUCGGGAUCGUCUUCGCCACUAAACAUGUCAUUGAGCGGCGGCGGUAGUCUUUCCUCGUCUGCACCAACAGGAGCGACGACGAAUCCAAUGUCGAUUGUCUCACCGCCACGUCCGCGUCUGCACCUGGGCUCGUUACCGUCGUUGAUGUCGCAACCCCCCGGAGGAGCCCUUGGAUGCCAAACGCCCAUGAUCGAGAACCCGAAUGUGAACCCGUUGUUUGAAAGUGUCCGUCAGGCGAUGGGACUGAGCACGAACAUCACGGAGGAGAUCCCGGUGCGUCUGCCAAUGGGAUUCUCGGUCGAGACGAUGCAGGAUCAUCUCCCGAGGUGGCUGUUGUCUGCCAUUGCUGAAGAGUCCGGUAAGGCGAGACUCGCCGAGUUCUUUCAGAAAGUGGAGAUCAAUGAGAACAAGCGUUUGGCGCUCUUGAUGUUGCCCCAGAACAUGCGGUCGGGCCGGACGACGAACUUCAGUAUCGGUGCAGGAAUCGAACAAGGACUCAAGAACCGGUACAACAACAUCUGGCCAUACGAUCACACGCGGGUCAAGAUUGCGGAGGUGGAACAGGGUCAUGACGAUUACAUCAAUGCCUCGUUCCUGACACCGGUGCUCAGCAAGAAAUCCUAUAUCGCAACCCAGGGACCUUUACCCUCGACGUUCCAGGAUUUCUGGAAGGCGACGUGGGAACAGAAUUCGAGGGUGGUGGUGAUGUUGACGCGUGAACAGGAAAUGGGUCGGAUCAAGUGUCACGAAUACUGGCCAACGGCUCGACAGCCCGUCAUGGAGGUGGGGCCGAUGCGGGUGACGUUCGGGAGCGAAUUCUUGCCGGAUCCGACGAUUGGGACGAUUCUG